GAGACUUCUGUGAACGCCGCCAUCAGCGCAUGUGAAGUUUGCGGUCAACGAAAGCGGGCCUUGUUUCUGCUUCACACUUCGGAAUUGACGCUCUGCCGCCGUUCGGGCACGGCGUUCCUGUGGGCGCUGGCGCGGCUGCAGGUGGACGAUGCGGAGGUGGUCCAUGCGGCCCUUGUGGAGGCCGUUGCUGAGCUCAAGGGCUCCUUGGAUGGCGAGGCACUGACGAGACUUGGAGCGAAGACCUUGAGGGGCAUCUCCAGAUUCUGGUGGUCCUUAUCUAUGCUGGGGGCCCGACCCUUGCAGCCCAGCGCCAUCAAAGCGGUCGCCACGGUGCCGCAAUCGUACUGGCAACUUUUCACGCCACAGGAGUUGCUGAUGAGUACCUGGGGUGCCAUCGAUGCUCCCGAGGUUCUUUGGCCGAUCCAGGAAGAAUGGACGCGGCGUUUGGCUGGGAAGGACUUGGCCUUGACAACCUGGCUGAGCCAAAAAGAUUACAUUCUGGGCAGCCUUUGGGCCUGCAGUUUUGCAGGGCAAGUUCGCUCUGACUUUCUGGCAGCUGUCAAGGGCUCCAUGCGCAGUGCUGGACGGCUGUUGGAUGAGGACAACCCUGCUCCAGCGCACUUCGCUGCAGCAACUAGCCCGCGGGAACCCAAGGGGCCGCUGGAAACCAUGGAGACCCCACAGUUGCUGCGGUUUGAGGAGGAGCAGCUACUCAUCUUCAAGCCAACUGGCUGGGAAGUGGAAGAUCCGGAUGGAGAGCAAAGCCUGGGCCGAUUCUUGCUGCAGCACGUGGGGCGCAGGCCCAUCUUUCGCGACCCCAGAGCCACCUUCGGAUUUUUGCAUCGCCUGGACGUUCCCAGCUCAGGCCUCAUUUUGGCAGCUUCCAGCUAUGCCGCCUACUUUGACCUGAGGCUCCAGUUGGCUCAAGGUCUCAUCCUCCGCGAUUACCUGGUGCUCUGCCACGGCUUCCAAUCCGCUCGCAACGCUCGCGUCAUCGCCGCGGCUGUGUCCUGGAACCCGGGGACCAUGGCGCCAAGCCGUGCGGGACGGGGCAAGCCCAGUGGCAGCAGGCUGCAGUGCCUGGGGAUGGGAUAUAUUGGCGCUGCGGCAGUCAGCCUUUUGGCGGUGCGGAUCUUGACCGGUCGCCGUCAUCAGAUCAGAGUUCACCUCGCACAUGUUGGAUGCCCAACGGUCAACGAUGCGCUGUACACCUCUGCCUCAGUGCACGCCAUGGACCAACAGUUCUGCAGGAGGAAUAUGCUGCAUCGACAUCAUCUGAGCUUCACGGAUCACCAGGGCAUGGUCCAAGACUUUACCGUGCCGCUGCCUCCAGAGAUGGCGGAGCCAAUGCGACAGAUCUCUCCCAAGGAUCCAGGUAGUCUCGAGAGGUUGAGGACUGCUUUGAGACGCGGUCUGAAGGGGGGAGGAUGGUACGUGUUGAGUUUCAACAAAGGGAUGAAGAUCUUGCUUGACGCACUGCUGGUGGUCUCCGGCUUCAAGCUUCAUGACGGGGAGCUUGGCACCGAGGGCCAAGUCCAAGGUUUGUCAUGCUUUGUUUGGGUGAUGUUGACAGAAUACUGGGCGACUACACUUGACGUCGUGCCAGAGCGAAGACCGGUGGUCGCAGCUCAUCGCUUCAGCGCCGAUCUCCGGGCCUGGGGGCACAACAGGAUGGCAUCUAUCGAAAGGGCGAAUGCCUUGCGCAAGGAACGUGAUGAAAAUGCCUUGGGUUCUUUCCCGGCAAGGCCCCGUCCCAGCUCCGCACCAUGGGGUCCAUCGGCGCGCGCAGCACGCGCACGUGCAGCCUUGAAGACCUAUCCCAUCAUGCGGGUCAUCGACACCAUCCCCACGCGGUACCUGCCACCGCCCUUGGCCAAGACACAACCGAGGCACAUGCACGAGAUGGUGGAGGGUCAACCUGUCAUCCCAUGA